AUGCGCGCAUUGCGCCAGCGUGUUACACGCCGUAGCAACGCUCCUGAAAAGCUCCCACCAAUGGAGCUACGGGACCUGCCUGGCCGGAGCCCCCCGCGCAGUCGGCCGGCCGGCAGAGCGCCUGGCGAGCGGCGCGGGGGUCCAGGCAGCAUGCAGAGGGCGGCGGCGGCGGCGUCGGGGGGCCGGCAGAAGGAGCGCCUCUACAAGCUGCUGGUCAUCGGCGACCUGGGCGUGGGCAAGACCAGCAUCAUCAAGCGCUACGUCCACCAGAACUUCUCGCCCCACUACCGGGCCACCAUCGGCGUGGACUUCGCCCUCAAGGUCCUCCCCUGGGACCCGGAGACCGUGGUCCGCCUCCAGCUCUGGGACAUCGCCGGUCAGGAAAGAUUUGGCAACAUGACCCGGGUGUAUUACCGAGAAGCGAUGGGAGCGUUUAUCGUCUUUGACGUGACAAGACCGGCAACUUUUGAAGCAGUAACCAAAUGGAAAGAGGAUUUAGACACUAAGUUGACUCUCCCCAGCGGCAACCCCGUGCCGACGGUUCUCUUGGCCAACAAAUGCGAUCAGGGCAAAGAGCUCCUGGUGAACAACGGCAUGAAGAUGGAGCAGUUUUGCGCGGAGAACGGCUUUGUGGGAUGGUUUGAAACUUCGGCGAAGGAAAACAUAAACAUCGAUGAAGCUUCCAGGUGUCUGGUGAAACAUAUCAUUGCUAGCGAGAGCGACCCAGUGCAGCCCGUUGAACCGGACGUCAUCAAACCCCACUUGAAUUCCUCCAAGCUUGCCAGCUGCUCAGCCUGCUUUAGACCCUGAGCGAUUUUCAAGCUGUUUGCGGACACAGGAA